AUGACUACAACUACCUCUAAAUCUGAUGAGAAGAUGGAUGAAACUAUUGAAACUCAAUGUGAGACCUUGCAGUUACCUUGGAAUACAUACAACAAACAUUUCAAAGUUCUUAAAAUAAUUGAGGAUAAAUUUUCUUACAUGAAGUAUUAUGUGAAAUGUUUACAUUGUGUUGGUCCAAAAACUUUAUCCGCAGAUACCAGGUCUACUUCAAAUUUAAGAAAACAUUUAGCUAGUCAGCAUAAAUCAAUUUUUGAUAAUAUUGGGAAUGAAACCAUUGGAAAAGAUAGCAAUAUUAUAAAACAAGAUGCUAAUUUACCAUCACCAAAUAAAAAAUCUAAAUUGAUGUCUGGACAACUGACGCUAAAAGAAUCUAUCUUGGAUACAAUGAUUCAGAAGUUGAUAUUAAAUCAAUGUUUACCAUUUUCCUUAGUCGAAUCAGAUGAUUUUAAAUUAUUAAUUCAAGAAGGUUACCCAACAUUAAAAGUUAUUAGCCGUCCAACAUUAAUGAAAAGAUUUGAUAAUAAUGUAGUUGAUGUAUUGCAAAAUUUAAAAAAAGAAAUGAGUCUUGUAAAUCAUGUAACAACGACAGUUGAUUGUUGGUCGAUAUUCAAGAGGUCCUAUAUUGGUAUAACUGGGCAUUGGAUCAAUGUAAGCACGUUAGAAAGAGUAUCUUGUUUAUUAGCCAUACGACGACUUGAAGGAAAACAUUCCUAUGAUGUUUUGGCCAAGAGUAUGGAGUCAGUAUAUACAGAAUUUGAAAUCAAUAAUAAAAUUUCAUACAGUACCACAGAUAAUGGGUCCAAUUUUGUGAAGAGUUUUAAAGUUUAUGGUCAGAAUGAUGAAGAUUUUUUACCUGUUAACUCCAACUUGAAUUCCUUUGUUCAUCAAAUUAUUGAAUCAGAAGGAGAAACUGAAAUAUUAAAUGAACAUGUUGAUGAGGAAUUGGAUUCAGAAAAUCAUAUGUCUGAAGGAGUUAAUAUGAUACCAAUUAUUGAUAUUUUGAACUCCGUUGAAAAUAAUUCUGAUAAUGAUUUAGAAUAUGAUCAUUGUUAUGUCUUACCAAAACAUCACCGGUGUGCUGCCCAUACACUCAACUUAGUAGCAAUAAAGGACUCUGAGAGUGCAUUGAAUAAUUAUACAUAUAAAAAGCAAAGUCGAGCGACUUUUGCAAAGCUAAAUGGUAUUUUUAAUAAACAAAAUCGUUCAACCCAAUUCGUUGACACUAUUAAAAAUACAAUAGGUGUAUAUUUUAAAACCCCUAAUGUAACAAGAUGGAAUUCUUUGUUUGAUAGUGUAAGAUUUCUCUUAAGCCAUUAUAAGUCUGCACCUCCUAAAUUUAACUCAAUGUGUGAUGAAAUAAAAAUUACAAGAUUUAAUAAGAAUGAUAUAGAAUUUAUUGAAGAGUACUGUGCAGUAAUGGAGCCAUUAGCAGUUUCGCUUGAUAUACUUCAGGGUGAUCAUAAUAUGUAUUUCGGAUUUUUACUACCCACUAUUACUGAACUUCUACUAAAAAUUGAAAAUCUCAAGCUCAAAAAAAUGAGUUAUUGUAAUCCCUUGCUUAUUGCUUUACAUCAUGGAAUUUCAAGAAGAUUUGGUGAACUUAUGCAUGAUAAAUUCCUAAUCAUUGCAAGUAUAUCUCAUCCAUUUUUUAAAACUGCUUGGAUCUCAAAUACUGAAAAAAAAAAUGAAGCAAUUUCUCUUUUAAGAGAAGCUGUAAUAUCUGCGCAUUCGAAUGAACAAGAUAAUAUUGAUUUAAAUAAAUCCAAUAACAGUAGUGAUGAAGAUAAAGAUGUCAGUACAUCAUUUUUUACAUGGUCCCAAAAAAAAUCUGAAAAUGUUUCAGUUGAAAAUGAAUUGAAUGAAUUUUUUAAGAAAGGCCCCACUAAGAAACUAAAUGUUUUGAAUUCCAUGCCUACUCUAAAAAAAGUAUUUAUACAAUACAAUACUCCACUUCCAUCCAGUGCUGCUGUAGAAAGAGUGUUUAGUGUUGGAGGUGCUGUGCUGUCCAAAAAAAGAGGCAAAAUGAAUGAUGACAAUUUUGAAAAGACUAUGAUUUUAAAAUCCAAUAAAGACUUUUGGUAUUAA